AUGCCCUUCACUACCGGACAAGAGAAUUUGCUUCGGCUAAACCAAGAGACCUUUGACUUCAACAUUCAAUUUGAGCAAUUGUUCUUCUCCAUCAUUCCGUCCGCUUUAUUCAUCAUAACAUCAGUAUGGCGGACACUUUAUCAGGCACGGAAACCUGCCGUGGUCAAUGCGCCGGUUUUCCAAUUGAUAAAAUUGGGCGCUAUCACAUCAUAUGUGGGACUUGAGCUUUCACUUCUCAUCUUGGUUGCGGCUGGUUCCUUCCGUGUGACCAACAUUUUCAUAGCUUCCUCGGUUCUCAAUCUUGUCUCUGCCCUACUCAUGAUCACACUGAGUGUUGUGGAUCACAGCAGGAGCCCAAGACCGUCUGUACUGCUCAGCACCUAUCUGUUUUUGACUCUUUUUCUGGACGUGGCCCAGGCAAGAACGCUGUUUCUGUCAUCAGAUGACAGUCCAGAACUCACCUAUAGCAGCAUCUUUGUCACUGCUCUAGCUCUGAAGACCGGCAUCUUGUUAUUGGAAGCUCAGCAAAAGUCCAGAUGGGUGCGCUGGGACGAAAAGGACCAUAGUCCAGAGGAGACGAGUGGCAUCUUUUCCUUAGGAGUGUUCUUCUGGCUCAACAAGAUAUUCCUGGAUGGCUACAGCAAGCUCUUGACGAUUGGAGACCUUUACCCACUAGAUAGCUCUUUUAACGCCAGAGCGCUCCAUGACGAGUUCUUGAAGAACAUUGAGUACUCUAAUUUGAAGAGUGACAAGUUUGGUCUGGUGAAGGUGCUGAUCUGCACACUGAAAGUUCCUCUUCUUGUUCCUAUACCUGCACGCCUGGCACUUCUUUGCUUCACAUUUUGCCAACCGCUCUUCCUUGAAAAGCUAUUGGAUUACUUAUCCCAGCCGGAACUCGACAAAAACAUCGGAUAUGGCUUCAUCGGUGCUAGCCUACUCAUCUAUUCGGGACUGGCUAUAUCAAUGGGCUUUUACUGGUACUUCCAUCACAGAAUGCGCACCAUGGCCAAGUCAAUGCUAGCUACUGAGAUUUUUAUCAAAGCCACAAAAGCUCGUAUUGGGACUGGAGAUGAAAGUGCUGCGCUGACUUUGAUGAGCACGGACAUGGAGCGAAUCGACAUGGGUUUCAGAAAUCUCCAUGAGAUUUGGGCGAGCUUAGUUCAAGCAGCUCUCGCCGGGUGGAUGUUGUAUAACCGAAUUGGUGUGGCAUUCGUCGCACCGGUGGCAAUUGUCAUAGUCUGUUUCAUCGGCUUAGGGAUCCUGAUACAAUUCACGGGGGAUUCGCAGAGGUCCUGGAUGGCAGGAGUCCAGAAGCGGGUGGGCCUCACUGCCACAGUCAUUGCUAGCAUGAAGAACUUGAAGCUAUCUGGCCUCUCGGCUGCUAUGGGCGACUUCGUACAGGAUCUCCGUGUGCGGGAACUAGCUGCUGGAUCCCGGUUCCGCAAAAUUACCAUCAUUGCGGCACUCUUGGGCUUUAUUCCGCUGUUAAUCAGCCCGCCUUUGACAUUUGCAUUCACACAGAAAAACUUCAAUGCAUCGACGAUUUUCACCAGUCUUUCUUUCCUUACCCUCUUGACCAACCCGUUGUCUCAGGUCUUCCAAUCAAUCCCACAACUUGUCUCCGGGUUGGCGUGUUUAGGCCGAAUUCAGGCCUUCUUGGAGUGCGAGACUCGCCAUGACUUUCGCCAAGUUCUAGAUGACGUGAGGCAAAAUACCGAAAAGUCUCGAGCUGAGACCGGAACAUUAUCGGAUUCCGAACCAGACUCAGUGGAUCCUCUCGUCAUCAAGAAAGGAAACUUUGGUUGGGAAGCAGACAAGUUCGUUUUGAGGAAUGUCAGCACUCGAGUACCCAAGUCCUCACUCACCAUUGUCAUAGGACCUGUUGGUUCUGGGAAGACCACGCUAUGCAAGGCACUGCUUGGUGAAAUCCCUUUCAGCGAAGGCAGCGUGGUCUUAGGUACUAGAUUUCCUCACCUUGGAUUUUGCGAACAAACGGCAUUCCUCUCAAACGGGUCGAUCAAAGACAAUAUUGUGGGAUUCUCUCCACGCAAUAAUGAGAGGUAUGCCGAAAUUAUUAAGGCUACCUCCCUGGACUUUGACUUUGCUACACUACCACAGGGAGAUCAAACUAAUAUCGGCUCGGAUGGAAUCGUCCUAUCAGGGGGCCAGAAACAACGGGUUUCCCUUGCACGAGCUCUAUAUUUGCACUCCGACCUUCUAGUGCUAGACGAUAUCUUCAGUGGUCUGGAUGCGGAUACCGAGGAGAAGGUCUUUCAGCAGGUAUUUGGGCCAGAUGGACUACUCAAGCAACGGGGCUCUACUGUUUUACUGUGUACCCACAGCAUCAGGCACCUCCCCGCGGCUGAUCAUGUAAUAGCACUCGGCAAUGGGACCAUUAUUGAGCAGGGUAGCUUUCAAAAACUGAUGGCCAGUCAAGGAUAUGUUCAACGUCUGGGAUUGAAGAGCUCUUCCGAUGACGCUGCCUCUUCCGAGAAAGCGACUUCAAAGAAAGCCCCACAGGAAUCAAAGGCGGAAAUUCUUCAUUCUACAACGACAAAUAAAUCGUCAACUGCACCACAUGCGGAUGAAUCGCGUCAAAUUGGCGACAAGACGGUGUACAAGCAUUAUUUCAAGAGCAUGGGAUGGCUUCUGGCAGCAAGCAGUUUGCUCGUCGGUGUUCUUUUCGGGUUUUUCACGAACUUCCCAACAGUUUGGCUUACCUACUGGACCGAUGACAUCUACUCGGAAUAUCCAACACACUCGUACGCUUACUACGCAGGGGUUUUUGCCUUGUUUCAAGUUUGCGGCUUGAUCUCGCUGCUUGUCCUUGGCGUGUUGAUCUUGAUCAUCUCUGUGGAAAGGGCAGGUGCUAGUCUCCACCAAGAGGCCUUACGGACCCUUUUUCAAGCACCGCUAUCCUUUUUCACCAAUACGGAUACUGGGGUUGUCACAAAUCUGUUCUCACAAGAUCUCAACCUUAUAGACACAGAGCUGCCAAAUGCAACAAUGAACACUAUUAUUUCCGCAUUUCAAGCACUCGGACAAGCAGCUGUUAUGCUUACAUCGUCUGUGUACUUGGCCAUAAGCUACCCAUUCCUCGUCGCCCUGCUCUGGACCUUACAAAUGUUCUACCUUCGGACAUCCAGGCAGCUGAGGCUGUUGGACCUUGAGGCUAAAAGCCCUUUGUACACACAUUUCAUUGACACCGUCAAGGGAAUCACAACCUUGAGAGCUUUCGGUUUCAUUUCUGAUGAUAUCGACAAGAAUACUCGCCUAAUUAAUGCCAGUCAACGACCCGCGUAUCUUCUCCUCAUGAUUCAACAGUGGCUGAACCUCGUCCUUGAUCUUGUAGUCAUGGUGAUUGCAGUGGUCAUGACGACUCUUGCCGUUCAGCUCCAUUCCAACUCUGCUUUCGCCGGUGCCUCCUUGUUCUCCCUCAUGAGUUUCGGUGAGAGCAUUUCAGGCAUUGUCGUAUUCUACACCAAGCUAGAAACCUCUAUCGGGGCAAUCGCCCGUCUCAAAUUGUUCAAUGAGAACGUCAAGCCCGAGGACAGAGAUGAAGAGGAUAUAGUUCCUCCUAUACAGUGGCCGCAGAACGGUGUGGUGGAAUUAAAGGGCGUAUCUGCGAGUUACGGCGCAGAAGAUCAACUCGACAACGCGUCCAAAACAGCCCUCCGCAACAUCAACCUCACCAUCAACAAAGGCGAAAGAGUUGCCAUCUGCGGUCGUACCGGCAGUGGCAAGUCCAGUCUCAUGGCCUUGCUCCUUAAGAUCUUAGAUCCUCUCCCGGAGACAGCCGGGAACGCAAUCAUCGACAACACGCCCCUCAACCGCAUUGACCGGGCUGCACUCCGUGAGCGCAUAAUCGCAGUACCCCAGGAAGCCGUAUUCCUACCAGACGGGUCCACCUUCCGAGCAAACCUGGAUCCCUCCGACGCUUCAACACCUGAGGAAUGCGCAGUUGUACUUGUUGCCGUGGACCUGUGGGAGUUUGUGCAGGAACGGGGUGGUCUGGAUGCAGGAAUGAGCGCGGGGACACUCAGUGCAGGACAACGGCAACUCAUGUCACUUGGGCGUGCGCUACUGAGACGUUUUAUCCGCACACGGAAUGGCUCGAACUGUGGUGUGUUGUUGUUGGAUGAGGUGAGCUCAAGUGUUGACCACGAGACGGAACGUGUUAUGCAGGACAUCAUCAGGGUGGAGUUCAAGGACUACACAGUCAUAGCGGUUAGUCAUCGGCUGGAUAUGAUUAUGGACUUUGAUAGGGUUGUUGUUAUGGAAACGGGAGAGAUUGUGGAGGUUGGAAAUCCUGCAGUACUGGCCGGACAGACAGGGACGAGGUUUGGAGAUUUGGUCAGAGCUGGGGCCAAGUAG